AUGGAGUGUGCCGUGUGUGGAGUGUGCCGUGUGUGGAGUGUGCCGUGUGUGGAGUGUGCCGUGUGUGGAGUGUGUGGAGUGUGCCUUGUGGAGAGUGUGCCGUGUGUGGGGUUUGCCGUGUGUGGAGUGUGCCGUGUGUGGAGUGUGCCGUAUGUGGAGUGUGUGGAGUGUGCCGUGUGUGGAGUUUGCCGUGAGUGGAGUGUGGAGUGUGUGGAGUGUGCCGUGUGUGGAGUGUGCCGUGUGUGGAGUGUGUGGAGUGUGCCGUGUGUAAAUGUGCCGUGUCUGGAGUGUGCCGAGUGGGGAGUGUGCCGUGUGUAG